AUGUUCCAACCACCACCGCCACCACCACUUUCCACCACCGCCACCAUCUUCCACGACCCCCACUACUACCUUCCACCACAACCACCACCACCUCCAUUGCCUUCAACCACCGUUGCUGCCAUUGCCACCAUUGUUGCUGCCUUCAACCACCACACCGUCGCUGCCCGCCUCCACUGCCUUCCACCACUAUCACCAUCGACCACUACCACCUUUAUUGCCUUCUACCACCAUUAUUGCCACCACCACAGUCACCACUACCACCACCACCUCCAUUUCCCACCAUGUACACCACGGUUGCCUUCCACCAUUGUCACCUCCGUCAAUGUCACCGCCACUGUUGUCGCCGUCUUCCACUACCACACCACCGCUGCCGCCACCUCCAUGGCUACCGCCACCACCACCACCGACUUCCAUCACCGCCACUGCCACUAA